ACAAUAUUUUUUUCUGACCCACUUAAGUAGAAACGGACUAAUUUGGCUGUACAGAACUGAUUUGCCACUGUUUGUAACUGUAGCUCAUAGCGUUAUGGUGCUUCACUCUGCAGAUGGCAGCAUGUGAGCGCACAUCUCGUUGGCUGUGAGGUCUCGUGUGUUGGUUGGAUCUGUGCUGUGCUCAGUCAGUGUAAUCCCGUCUCUCCCGCCGGCAGACAUGGCGACUGCGAGGACUCUCGUAUGCUCCACAACAAGCUGCAUCUGAAGCGGCUCCGCAGCAUCACCGUCGCGCUCGGUGCAUUCGUGGACAAACGCACACUUGCACACAGCGGAUUUAUAAUCGGGGCUGAGCCAGGAAGACCAUGGUGGAACAGGGCCAAACGUCGUUGGCGGGACAGAGGUUAGGGGCACCAGAGACUCUGGGGAUCAGCACCCUGGAGCCCGGACACAAACCACCUGCUAUGCCACCUGGACGCCUGGUGCCCAUCAGAGUCGUGCUGCUGGAUGACUCAGAGGAGAUAUUCGACAUAUCGCAACGAGCAUCGGGCCGGGUUCUGUUCGAGAUGGUCUGCUUGCAUCUGAACCUUAUUGAGGGGGAUUACUUUGGCCUGGAGUUCCAGAGCCAUCACAGAAAAAUGGUUUGGUUGGAUUUACUAAAGCCCAUUAGAAAGCAGAUCACACGGCCCAAGCACACCGUCCUUCGGUUUGUUGUGAAAUUCUUCCCCCCUGAUCAUUCGCUGCUGUUGGAGGAGCUGACCAGGUACUUGUUUGCUCUGCAGGUGAGACAGGAUCUGGCCAGCGGACGUCUCACGUGUAGCGACGUCAGCGCUGCUCUUUUGGUCUCUCAUAUCAUCCAGUCUGAGAUUGGGGAUUUUGAGGAAACUCAGUGUAGACAGCAUCUACUUAACACCAACUACAUCCCUGACCAGAUGGCCCUGAUGGACAAAAUCAUGGAGUUCCACCAUAAACACAUUGGACAGACGCCAGCAGAGUCAGAUUACCGGUUGCUGGAGAUGGCGUGCAGGUUGGAGAUGUACGGUAUCCGACUCCAUCCUGCUAAAGACAGAGAAGGAACCAAACUCAGCCUGGCUAUAGCACACGGCGGUGUCCUCGUGUUUCAGGGACACAACAGGAUCAACAACUUCAACUGGUCUAAAAUCCGCAAGCUGAGUUUCAAGAGAAGGAGGUUCCUUAUCAAACUAAGAGCAGACCCUAGUCAGAAUGUUAAUCAAGAUACUCUGGAGUUUUUGAUGGCGAGUCGGGACUGCUGUAAAAUGUUUUGGAAGAUCUGUGUGGAGUAUCAUGCCUUCUUCAGGCUCUUUGAGGAACCCAAACCCAAACCCAAACCGGUGCUGUUCAGCAGGGGCUCUUCCUUCAGGUUCAGUGGUCGGACACAGAAGCAGGUGAUAGAUUAUGUGAAGGAAAAUGAGUUUAAAAAACUGCCCUUUGAUAGGAAACACAGUCGAGUGCAGUACAAAAGCCGUCUGUCACCUCUGCGUUCUGCACAGCACCAAGUGCCAAAUCAAGCUGUCAAGCAGAGCUGGGAGGGCUCAUUUUUAGUAAGCUCAGAAGAUUCUGCGGUAAUAAGACCAUGUGGAAACUCCUCCCCAUCGACUCAGCGCAAUGGAUGCAGCGACCAAACGUACCCCAUUCAGGAGGACCGCAGAAGCCCGGCAGCUAAGCAGCAGCCCGUCGAUCGAGCAGAGGUGACGUGUGCUUUAGUUAACGGUCACGCUGAUGACUGUAGAGGAGCGACGCCGUCUCCUCUCAUCUCACCCAUGCUGAACGACACUGGUGCCAUACGCACUGAUGAUGAGGAGGACAACAGGAGGAAGGACUGUCCCGCUGAUAAUGCAUACUGCAUAGCUAAAGAGCUGCUGUGUACUGAAAGGACAUACCUGAAGGACCUGGAGCUGAUCACAGUGUCGUUUCAGGGAGUGUUGGAUAAAGAGGAUUGUGUUCCUGACACUCUGAAGACACUGUUGAGUUCCACCUAUGAGCCGCUACAUUCCCACCACACACACUUCCUCCAGGAGCUCGAAGAGAGACUAUCACUGUGGGAAGGCCGAUGCAAUACAGAGGUUAAAGGAGAAAUGCAGCAUAUAGGAGACCUGCUGCUGAAGUGCGCACAGGAGCUGAAGGCUCUCUCAGCUCAGCUGCAGAUGAUCUCAGAGUGUGUGUUUGCGCUGGAGAGAGUGUGUGUCGCGUCCCGCAGGCUGGAGUGUGUGUGCCGUGAGUUUGAGCUGCAGAAGAUGUGUUACAUUCCUCUGAACGUCUUUCUGCUGAGUCCCCUCCAUCGCUUGCUGCACUACAGACAGAUACUAGACAGACUCUGCAAACACUACCCACCAACACACACCGACUACAGCGACUGCAGAGCUGCUUUGGACAAUGUGUGUGAAUUGGAGGCUGAGCUUCGUCCUGGUCUGGAAGAGAUCGAGAACUAUCAGAAACUCCUGGAGCUUCAGAAGGAUUUGAUUGGUGUUGAGCAUCUGGCCGUGGCUGGACGUCAGCUCAUCAGACUGGGCUGCCUCAGCAAACUCUCUGGGAAAGGACUUCAACAGCGCAUGUUCUUCCUGUUCAAUGACGUUCUGUUGUACAGCACUCGAGGGAUAACAUCAACCAAUCAGUUUACAGUGCACAGACAACUUCCUCUGCGUGGCAUGACAAUCCGGGAGAGUGAGGACGAGUGGGGCGUCCCUCACUCUUUCACACUGAUGGUACAACAGCAGUCACUGGUGGUCGCCGCAUGUUCAGAGUCAGAAAUGGAGAAAUGGAUGGAGGAUUUAAAGAUGGCGGUUGACAUGGCUGAAGAGUCUAAUGGACUGACCGCUGACCUGCUGUCUGCUAGCAAGGAUGUCAAAUCCUCAGGGGCAUCUGAAGUGGAGUCAGAGGAUGAUCUUUGUGGAUCUCGAACAUCUUUGCCUCGAAAUGGCAACAAUUCAGGAAACACUCUUAACCGCGGCAACACAACAGGACACGUGUGCUGGCAUCGCAACACCAGUGUUUCCAUGCUGGACUUCAGCAUCGCCAUAGAGAACCAGCUCUCAGGAAAUCUGCUCAGAAAGUUUAAAAACAGUAACGGCUGGCAGAAACUCUGGGUGGUUUUCACCAACUUCACCCUGUUCUUCUACAAAACACAUGAGGAUGAGUAUCCGCUGGCCAGUCUGCCGUUGUUGGGUUACUCAGUAACACAUGCCGGCGAGUCGGAAAACAUCCAUAAAGAUCACGUCUUCAAACUGCAUUUCAAAUCUCAUAUCUACUACUUCAGAACAGAGUGUGAAUACUUUUUCGAAAGAUGGAUGACAGUGAUCAGAAGUGCUACAGUCUCUGCCAGCAGAACCCGCUAUCUGAACCGGACAGAACCAGACUGAACCACAGAGAACCUGCCAUGUGAACCAGACUGAACCAGGCUGAACCCCACAGAAACUGCCAUCUGACCUGGACAGAAAAAAACAUAAACCAACAGACCCAUGCAGGCAUAUAGGGAGCAACCAUCUCAGUGUGUGUGUGUGUGUGUGUGUGUGUGUGUGUGUGUGUGCGUGUGUGUGUGUUUGUGUGCUUUUAUGACAACGUCACUUUUUUUUGUGACUGACUUUUUUUUAAUAGCAUUGUUUCAUAGUAUGACAUUAAAGGGGAAUGUCACCAUUUCACUUCUGAGCCUUUUAAUAGACACUCUUCAGUUCAAAUAUCAGCCUCAGGCAAGUUUUUUUUUUCCUAUUAUUUGUAUUUUACUGAAUUACUUGUGUGUAAGAAACAGAAAGAAUAUGUGAGGUGCUUAAACUGCAUCAGUGACAUUACAGUUUUAUUUUAAAGGAGAAAAUCAGAGCGUAAAACAGCAAAUGAUAAAAGAUUUCACACACCUGCAGAAGUACAGAGAUCACCAUUGUGCCCUUAAGGACAGGUGCUGCUGGUGAGAUUUCAGAUAAAAGGGGCUUACAAAUCCUUAGUGAGAUGUUCACAAAAACUGCAUUAUGUGUUUCAUAAAAUGGCCACAAAUAUUGAAAGGUGCUACUGUGUGUUCACAGGAUGUGUUAGUGUUGGGUGUGAAUAGAACAUAAGGUUAACUGAGGUUUAUUAUAAGGCCUAUUUAUAGCAUGUGUUGACAUACUAAAGUCAUUAUCUUGAGAAACUAAAAGGAAAAGUGUUAAUAAAGGCUCAGAGAUGAAGAGAGGUGGAAUUCCCCUUUAAACUCAUGGCAUUCCCCAUAAACACACAGGUGCUUUUAAAUGUUUGAGUUUUGUCCUCUAGUGUAAAAAAACAUGAAAAAGCAUUUCUUGCAUUUUUUAACUGGGCUUUUACAGAAUCUCAUUUUGUAAAUGAUAUUUAAUUGUAAAUGUAAGCCGUAAGUGUCACUUGUUGCCUUUAAAAGGAGGCAGAUCCAUUUCAGUGCCAUGGUUUUUAUAGUACAAAUUUCUAUGUUUCUAUGUUUUAGACUUUGUUUCUAUCAGCUGAAACCAUGUUGGGUUCCAGAAACCAAUGUGCCAAAAUCAUGAUGGGUAUUUCUGUUCUGUUCUGUUCCAUUUUGGACUGAAUAACGUAAAAAGCAUUGCAAAUUUGGGAUUUAAAGGCAAGGUAUAAAAUACACAAGUACAUUUCGUCAACAUUCGUCAACUGAACCUUAUAUUUAUAGAGUUCAAGUGCCAUUAAGAGCAUAACACACAAAAGGUAUUUUACGCUACGUUUAUUUCAGUCACCAUAUAACAUUUGAUAAUGAAGAAAGGAUAUUUUGUUAUUGAAGGUUGUAAGAAGAUUGACACCCCUGUCAUUUUAGAAAUAUCAUUUUCACAUUCACCCAUAGGCAGCACCAUAUAAACCACAACUGCAUAUUACAGGUUAGUUUAGUCCACAGAAGAAGUAAAGCUUUAAAAUGUGCAGAUAAACAUGUUUUAGUUUCAUACGGCCCAAACACUGCUAAAAUGAAUAGAAAAACACAAAGAGAGAGAGAGUUUAUUGGAAAUGAAAGCAAUAAAACCCCAUUCCAGAAAGCGGUUGACUUCUGUGGUCUUUCUGCAUUACACUGGUCAGCAGAGGGCGAUACAUCAUCAGUGUGAGGCCAUUAACCAAUAGAAAAUCAAGAGUAAAACAUUUUAUUAUUAUAUAGGUUUAUACAUAUAUGCAAUAAAAUACAAUAAUAUAUGAUAUUUUAGUGUAUAUGGGUGAUUCUGUUUGGUUAUCAUGGAAGUGAGAGGGAA